AUGGAAAGAAAUCAAGAAUCAGUUGUUAUUACUGGAGGACAAGGAUUUAUAGGUAGUUGGGUAGCUAAAUUAUUGUUGGAACAAACCAAUCAAGGUUGUAAUAGUUACAAUGUGAUCAUUGUAGAUGUUAAACCAGAUGAUCGUAUUCUUAGACAAGUAUUGUCACCUUCUCAACUAUCAAUGUUGACUCGUGUCUAUUUGGACAUUGCCAACGGACAGGCUGUCACCGACAUGGUUAGAAAAUACACUCCAUCUUUUAUCAUUCAUUUGGCUGGUUUGCAAAUACCAACAUGUCGUGCCAAUCCCAUCCUAGGUUGUCAAGUUAAUGUUAUCGGUACUAUUAAUGUAUUUGAAGCUGUUAAACAAUUGGAAAAAACAUGUCCAAUUAUUUAUGCAUCAAGUGCAGCUGUAUCUGGACCAUCAGAGGAUUAUGAUGGACCAAUUAAUGAUAAUGCUUCACACACUCCUUUGACACACUAUGGUGUCUAUAAACAGGCGAAUGAAGGAUCGGCAAGAGUCUAUUGGAUGGAUAACAAGAUACCAAGUGUUGCAUUGCGACCAUUUACAGUUGGUGAUAUAUGUGUAAACUAUGUCGAGGAUAUAGCAUCACUGUUUAUUCAAUUGGGUCAACUCAAAGACACCAUCAAAGGAGCUCAUGUAUGUAAUAUCACUGGUGAUGUCGUAAGUGUCCAACAAUGGGUCGAUCUAGUCAAACAAGUAGCUGAAAAGGAAAUGAACAAAUCUAUCAAUGUCAAGAUUGAAGGAUCACCACUUCCCUAUCCAACCCAUUUCAAAGAAGAUACACUUGCCAAACUACUCAAUUGUCAAUCCAAUCAAGUUAAAACAACUCCUCCUAUCAUCGCCAUCACCAAAACUCUCAAAAUAUUUAAAUCUCUCUCUGAUCAAUCAAUUUUAGAAUUUAAUGACCUAUAA